AUGGCUUAUGCUGCUCUGGUUUCACUUGCCCAAACUAUAGACCUAAUCACAAGCAAUCGCCAUGAUUCCGUUUCCCCUCAAGUAAUAGAUCAACUCACAUCCAUCCACAAACACGUCAUUUCCUUGCAAGAAUUCCUUGAAGAUUUCCCCGACAAACCCAACAGCUCCACCGAAGCAAGAAUCAAAGACGCAGCACACCUCGCCGAAGACACAAUCGAGUUCCUGCUCUCGGAUGCACUGCUCAACCACUCCAAAUCGAAGCUCAAACGCCAGCUGCGGGGGAGAUUGGAACAGAUCCAAUCACGCUACGCAUCCCUCAAGUCCAACGUUGUUUCAUUAUCCGCGUCCAAAUCCAAACAGGCAAAGGCAAAGGAUAACGACGGAAUAUUCCGUCGCCACCAUUUUCACGAGCUGAAGAAAGCAGGCAGAGAAAUCGAGUCAGCUUCCGAGGCGAUGAUGGCGAUCAAGAACAGCACCAUCACGCACGGCGGCGCAGGCUGCUCCAGCGGACCCAGCUCAUCGUCGUCGACUGUGGCGCCCAUCCGCAAGGACGCCAUGGUCGGCUUCGACGGCGAACUGAUGGCAAUAAAGCGCCGGCUCUGCGGAGAGCCGGCGUCUCCGCUGGAGACCAUCCCAAUCGCCGGUAUGGGAGGCAUAGGCAAGACUACGCUCGCCGUAAACGCCUACAACGAUCCAUUGAUCAUGGAGCGUUUCCAUAUUCGUGCUUGGGUGACAGUAUCACAAGAUUACAACGUCCGGGAAAUCACUUCGGGCCUUCUGGCGUCAAUGGAGUUAGCGCAAGGGGACUCGCAGCAGCAUCACGUGUUCCAGAAGUUGAAGUGUCGGAGAUUCCUGAUUGUUCUGGAUGAUGUGUGGAGUACCAAGGCGUGGGACGAGUUGAGGCUGAUGUUUCCCGACGAUCGUAAUGGAAGUCGGAUCAUACUGACCACGAGGUUGGUGGAUGUGGCCAGCUACGUGGUGGACGUAGCUGGCCACAUCCAUUUCAUGCGCUUGUUGGAUGAAGAUCAGAGCUGGAGUUUGCUGAAGCAGAAGGUGUUCAGACAAGGUUUUUGCCCUGAUGAUAAACUGGCUUAUGCCGGGAAGAUGAUCGCCAGGAGCUGCAGGGGCCUGCCCCUGGCGAUCGUUGUGAUAUCAGGGCUUCUGGCUCUCGACCAGACAAAAUCCGGGUGGAACAAUGUCGCGAGGAAUGUGAACUCCGUCAUCUCAGAGAAUGAUGAGCAAUUUGACAAGAUACUAUCUCUGAGCUAUGCCCACCUGCCUCAUCAUCUGAAGCCGUGUUUCCUUUACAUGGCAGGUUUCCCGGAAUACUAUGAUAUGCGCGCUUCCAAACUGUUCAAGCUAUGGGUAGCUGAAGGAUUUCUAAAAGCAAAGCGGUAUAAAAGCCUGGAAGAGACGGCAGAAGAGUAUCUGGAGGAUCUGGUGAAGCGAAGUCUUGUUUUGGUCACACAGAGGAAGUCCAAUGGCAGAAUCAAGAGCCUGAGCAUCCACGAUCUCCUCAGGGAGAUGUGCAUCAGAAAAGCCCGCGAACAGGAUUUUCUCCUGCAGCUUCGCGGGCUUAAAUAUGCGUCAUCACUGAAGAUUCCACGCCGCCUAAGCGUCAUCCAUUCCGACCUAGAUUCCCUCCAAGGCUGCACCAUCCGUACUAUAAUAUGUUUGGAGGAGAGAAGACGAGGACGAGGAAGGCAAUGCUCGGUGCGAUGUUUCCGAUUGCUGAGGAUUCUUGAUCUGAUGAAUGCCUAUGAAUACUUCUACGACUACAAGAAUGAUAACUCGCCCGUCUUCUCUCUACCGGAGGAGCUGUUCGAGCUCUUCCAUUUGCGAUACCUGGCCUUCGACUACACCUUCACCAUUCCGGGGGCCAUAUCGAAUCUUCAGAAUCUUCAGACACUGAUCAUCGGUCCGAGGAAGUAUCGCGGGUAUUUUGUGCCGUUGGCCGUGGAGGUAUGGAGGAUGCCGCAGCAGCUGCCUCCGGAGAUUUGGGACAUGCCGCAGCUGAGGCAUCUCGUGUUCUGCUCCGGCCUGCGCCUGUUUCAAAGGGGGGCGACGGCGGCGUUGGAGAAUCUGCUGACGCUCUCGCUGGCAAUAAAUUUCAGCUGCAGCGCGGAGAUUCUGCAGAAGAUUCCGAAUCUGAAGAAGUUGGGGCUUUACUACACGCGGGGGGAGUAUCUCCACACGGAGAUUCGAAACGAGGAGCAGUCUCAUGUGUACAGCAUAAUGUAUGUGGAGCAGCUGAAGAACAUUGGGUGCUUGAGAUUCCUGGAGAAUCUGAAGCUGAAGAUGCACCACAGCUUGCCUUAUCCGGGGGAGUUGACACUGCGGGCACUGCCGCUGAGUUUGAGGAAGUUGACUCUGAGCGGUCUGAAGCUUCCAUGGAAGCACAUGAAGAUUGUGGGGUCGUUGCCGUGGCUUGAAGUGGUGAAACUGAGGGAUUUCGCGUGCAACGGCGUGGAGUGGGAGACGAGUGAGGGGGGGUUUUGCGAGCUCAGGUAUUUGCUGAUAAGCGGAUCGAAUCUGAGGGAUUGGGUGACGGAGAGCAGUCAUUUUCCAAGGCUGAAACGGUUGGUGCUUCUUCGGUGUCCGAAUCUGCGAGGGAUUCCCGAAGAAAUUGGGGAAAUCGCGACGCUUCAAGUGAUUGAGAUGGAUAACUGGAACACCGAUUUGGUGGAGUCGGCCAGACAGAUUCAAGAUGAUCAAGAGAGCUGCGGGAACGACGCCGUUCACCUUCGUUUCGUUUAA